ACAUUAAAAUAUAAAUAAUGAGUAGCUCUUAAUAAGCAAAAUUAUUCCUUACUCAUAUGCCACAUCUAGACGUAGUUCUUCUACUAUCAAAACCUUUAAUUUACGUCCAAACAAAACCCUACCCCUGUAAUUCCCUUUUUUGUUUCAUUAUUCAUCUCCUCCCAUCAACGGAACGAUGGCGCUUUGCAAGGAUUAUCGAUACCACACCACCACAAAAUAGUGGAAUCUCUCUAUGACGCGCUUCUAACCAGCAACGAAGCAUCAGUCGGCAGACAUGAAGUGACGAACCUCUAGUGCCAUGUUUUAUGUAUGCAAAAGCAACACGGCAUCAUUUGCAAAGGCUUGGGACGAUUAAUUUUGCAUCAAACACGGCGACUCGGGUUUGGCGGCACGUUCUCAAGCAUCAUCAUGCCCGGUCUCAUGAUUUAUGGGCGGACGUACUCGUGUACGAGUGUCGUCCCGCCUUGGAGAGCAAUCCGCACUGUGGUGAGAUCCGUUUAACAUUCACCAAACAGUUUUGUGGAUGGACAGAAAAUCCCAUAACGGUCCGAUAUCUGCGUAUUCUACCGGAAGAUCCUGACUUUGAGGAGGUUCCUCAAACUGUUGUGUUACAAUAGUGUUUGUGUAUUGUUUAGCAAAGAAGUAGUAGAUUUAUAUGAAACACAUUUACUAGAAACACAAAAAUUCAUAAACCCAAAAGGGUCCUUUCCGCUGUGGAAAUCCUGGAGAGAAGAGAAUGGAGAAAAGCAAGAGUAUUCUUGAAUGUAGUACAAACCGCCCUAGAACACACUUACACCAGGAGGAUCGUGAUGUAAAUCAAGGGAGUUAAAAUAUCACCAUCGCAUAGGAGAGGUAGUAAACAAUGGUGAGCCUAGCCUUGCAAGCACAGGCUGCAGUUUAAGGCACAAACAUUGCUGGUGCAUCAUCGACAUCGUUGCACACGUACACCUUGACGGUCCGGUUUUAACUCGAUAUGGGUUGAUCGGCGAAUGUAGUUCAAAGUCAGCGAAUUGAUAAGCACUUGGAACGUGCAACUAUGAAGUGUUGAAGGAAGUAAUCACAUUUUAUGAUUUAAAUUUAAAUAACGUCUUAUCGAAAUUAUUUUAUUAAUUUCCUUGAGAGCCUGAGAAGUGACCUUUGGUUCAGUAAUUCUAGACACUUGCAGAUCUCGAAUUCCACACAAAACACAACUUUUUCCUUCCCCUCCAGGCACGGAUCGUUCUGUCACAGACGGUGAUUGCAGCGUGCAAUUAAUGGUUAGACCCUGAUCUUACCGUGUGCAGUAAAUAAUGUUAGAAGCAGCAUUCGCUCCAUUACAAACGAGCGAAGCGGAAUUUGAAAUCACCACUAAAUCGCGUCAAACCAGUGUGUGACGCGUUACGGUCGAGAAUGGUUGCAUUUUGGGUUCUUGGUCCAUGCAUCCACCGAAAGCACCUCAGGGCUUAACCAUCAGCUACAAACAUUCCACAAAAACACCCCACGCACAUAACCGCACCAACCGCCAUGGCACCGGCAAGGACACUCACGCUUUCACUCGGCGGUACCGCUGCUGCCGCAAUGCUGCUGCUAGCAUUCGCGACCACGUUUGGGCCCGCCGACGGACAGGCACUCAUAACACCGCUCGAUUCGCCCCUACUCUCGAGCAAAUACCGUGGACUGCGCGAGAUCAUGUUCAACUUUAUCGGACAGACGGGCAACAAUAAGAACAAGUUCCUGGUCAAUCUUAAAAAAGGGAAAGUCCAAAAACAAUUCGGCCCAGACGAACCAUUCUUCUGCAACACGACCGAAAUGCGUAGUGCGACUGUGCCGACUUCCGUGGACAAAUUGCGACCAGGGGAUAUUGAUAUCGUGGGAGCAAUUGGUGACUCCCUGACGGCGGGCAAUGGUGCAAUGGCUACCAACAUACUGGAGGUGUUGAUCGAAAACAAGGGCCUAUCGUGGAGCAUUGGUGGGCAGGGAACAUGGCGCCAGUUCCUAACACUGCCGAACAUACUGAAGGAGUUUAACCCGAAGCUAUACGGAUACCCAACGAAGGAUGGUCUAUCCACGCGGAAGUCUUCACUGUUUAAUGCAGCGGAAGGGGGUGCCAUGUCACAGGACAUCCCCUAUCAGGCGCGGAAUCUCGUCAAACGGAUGCUAUCCGAUCGGAACGUAGACAUCGCAAACCACUGGAAGAUGAUCACGCUCAUGAUCGGUGGUAAUGAUUUCUGUGCCGAAAUUUGCUACAUGGCCACACCGGAAAAGAUACUACAGUAUCACGAGAAAAACAUCGUCAGUGCGCUGCGCACCUUCCGGGAUUAUCUGCCCCGUACCUUCGUCAAUCUGGCCGCAAGUCCCAAGGUUGAUAUCUUGGCACGGUUUAAGAACAAACCACAGGAAUGUGUCUCAAUGCACGUCGUCGAAUGUCCCUGUCUGUUAGCCACGCGGUUUCGCAAGCAGCGAAAACGGUACGUUAAGCUGAUCGAGGACUGGAAUAUGCUGCAGAUGGAUAUUGCCACCCGGAAGGAGUUUCACAGCCGGCCCGAUUUUGCCGUCGUUUAUCAACCGUUCACCAUGAAUCUUACCUUCCCGGAAACACCGAACGGUGAUACGGACUUUACGUACAUGUCGCUGGAUUGCUUCCAUCUCAGCCAGAAAGGGUACGCCUUGGCUUCGAAUGCACUGUGGAACAAUAUGCUCGAACCGGUUGGGGGUAAAUCCAUGAACUGGGAGAGAGAAUUCACGCUGUUCAAGUGUCCUAGCGAGGACAUGCCAUUUCUGCGUACGCCGGGCAAUAGCUAAAAAAAAACAUUAUGGGCACUGGCACGCACCUCAGCAAAAGCGCACUUCAUCGAAAUGUGAUAUUAAAUCUAUAAUCGCACACACACACUUAUUCAGAACGGGUUGAUUAGAUAAGAAGAUAAUGGCUAUUAAUUCAUCAAUCGAUUUAAGGCUCAUCUCACCACUCGUAGUAAGGUCCAUUCGAUAUGCAUAAAAGAUACGACACUGCCACCAUUAACCUAUACACACCGUUGCUAUAAUCCAUGCGGUAUCCUUCAUCAUACGUACUCAUGUACUCAUACAGAUGAUCUUCUCAUUUAAAAGUAAGGUUUUUAUAUUGAAUUUUAUAAUGGUGGUGUGUUUGUCCUAGUAUUACUAAGCAGCUACAUACGUCCGAAAAUGAUAUCAACGAAGGAUUUCAAAUACAUACAAUUAUCACUUUA